AUGCUUCGGUCUGCUUUAUAUGAAAUAGCUCAUGAUUACAUAAUCAUAGGAGAAGAUAGCUUGUAAAUUCAAGAAACUGAAAACUAUUAGCCAAAUCGAACUCCCCUGUCAACUAAAUAAGAAAAUGUGGUUGAUCCCUUCUAAAACUUCUCCAAUCUUCUUCAGGCAUAAAAACAAAAGAAAUAAACAAGAAGAGCCUUGAUUUCCAUUGACACCAACUUCAACACUAUCUCAGGCUCUCCUGAAAAAAAUUAAAAUGUUGUUAACUGUAGCUCAAAACAUAAAUCCACUUAUUCAUCCCCAAAAAAUGUUGUCUUCUAUGACAGACAAAUUCGGUGGUUGAAUUAAGUAAAAUAAACCAUCAAAGUAAAGGAAGUCAUACAACAACAGAGAUAAAGUGUGGAGUGUCCAUUUAAACCAAAGAAAUGUCCAACUUCCUUGCCUUAAACUACAAAAAACUAAAAUAACAAACCUAAAAAAAUGAGGAAAGAUUCAUAUUCAACAAUUCAUUUAUUAAAACAGAAGCUCUACUGA